AUGAAGCUUGGAGCAGAGCAAAGGCUGCCGGACUCAGGCAGAGCAUCAGUGCGGUCUGGUGAGGAGCAGAGAGAGCAAGGACUCUUGCAGUGCUCGCUAUCUCACAGUGCUCGCUAUCAACGCACAAUGAUGUCCUAUAGGAAGAGGAAGGCCUCCGGCUCGGAGGAGCCAGCAUGCAUGCUUUGUGGCUGGGCAGAAGAUGACCCAAACAUCUUUGGGCGCACAUUUGGCCAGGGUUGGAUUCGUGUCCAUGAGUUCUGCUUGAUUUUUGCCAACAUCUUCUAUGCAGAAACACUCUCAAGAGAUGGAACUGUGGGCAUCCCCCUUGAUGACAUCACACUCAAAGCCAAGCAGGCAAACCAGAAGCAAUGCUUUGUUUGUGGAGAGAGGGGUGCUGCCAUCACCUGUGCUGAAAGCGGCUGUGAACGAAGCUUCCACCUGCCGUGUGCCAAGGACGGGCAGUGCGUCACCCAGUUCUUUGGGCAGCACAGGUCCUACUGCUUUGAGCACCGCCCUCGACAGACAGCAGUGACAGCUCCAGCAAAAGAUACCACCUGCGUCAUCUGCCUUGGGCCUGUGGGGGGCAGUUUGUCCUACCACACCCUGGUUUGUCCAGCGUGCAGACACACUUGGUUCCACCGGGGCUGCAUCCAGCAACAGGCCUUUACUGGCAAUGCAUGCUUCCGGUGCCCCGGAUGUCGAAACAGUCUUCUGUUCUUAUUGGAAAUGUCCACCAUGGGGAUCCAAAUCCCAGACAGAAGACCAGAACAGGAGGACAAUGAUGCAUAUGCAUCACUUCUACAGAGGCACAGGCGCUGUGACGCCAUCAGGUGCCGUCACCCUGAAGGCAGGGAGAUGGCAGAAGAAGAGGGGCCCUGGCAGCUGCUCCUGUGCAGCUCCUGUGCUGCUGAGGGCACCCACCGAGAGUGCUCCUACCUGAACAACACAACAGCCACGUGGGAGUGUGACAGAUGUGCUGGCCUGGGUACCGCUUCCAGCAGCAACUCAGAGCUUGCCAGCUCCAGCACUGCCAACCAGGAUGGGCAAGGGCCAUCCCACAGCCUCCAGGAACAUGAGGACAGCUGUUCCAGCCCCACUAGCCAGGCAGCAUCAGAGCCAUCAUACAGUUCCCAUCUGCCAGAGCUCAGCUGCCAGAGUAGCGAGCUGGGGACAGAACAUAGGACAAUCCCCUCAUGUUUGCCAGAGGAUAUGGCUGAGCAGCACCAAGGAUGCCAUAGGAGCAGACAAACAGCAGCCCAAAGUGCUGAGUGUUGCUCCCGCACCUCCACCAGACGGGGCACAUCAGAAUCUUCCAGAGAGUCCCCAGGGGCUGCACGCAGGAGGCGUCCCAGGCAGCGGAGAACAAGCCGCACACGAAGCCGCUCCCCGCUGCAAGGUCGGGCCUCGAGUUCCCAGAGCCGGCCAAGAAGACGCCAUGGGAGCAGAGGAACAGCAGCUCCUCGUGAUCAGAGCAGCAUCCGCAGAUCAGCAAGACUGGCAACACUGAGGUCCUCGAGGGCUUCCCCAGUGCCUGAACAAAGGGGACGAUCUGUGCAUGGAGCGCAGGCUCUCACAGAAAGCCGUUACCCAGCGAGGUGCAGAGAUUAA